CAAUUUGCGAAAACAGGAGAACAAUUUGAGCCCUAGUUCCUCUUCCUCCUCCUCCAUUGAAGGGUGGGUGCACGACACAGACCCCAAGCUCCAAACUUUGGCACAAACCCAAUUCUCGAGUGAUCGGAAUCGAGAUGGGGAAGAAGAAGAAGAGGGUUUCUUCGAAGGUGUGGUGUUAUUACUGCGAUCGGGAAUUCGAUGACGAGAAGAUCUUAGUGCAGCAUCAGAAAGCGAAGCACUUCAAGUGCCAUGUCUGCCACAAGAAGCUCUCAACCGCUGGCGGCAUGGCCAUCCACGUUCUCCAGGUCCACAAGGAAUCCGUCACCAAGGUGCCCAAUGCGAAACCUGGGAGAGAGAGUACAGAUAUUGAAAUAUAUGGAAUGCAAGGGAUUCCACCAGAUGUCUUGGCUGCUCAUUAUGGAGAUGAAGAUGAUGAGGUUCCGUCAAAGGCAGCCAAGGUAGAUAUCCCAUCAACCCAGCUUGUAGGUGGAAUGGUGCCACCUCCUUUGGGUACAGGAUAUCCUCCUCGAUCAACUUUGGGCACAAUGCCACCAAUGUAUAAUCCAUCUGGACCUGUGCCUUCGAAUCCUUGGGUGGUUCCACCUCGACCUCAGCCAUGGUUUUCACAGCCUCCAGCUGUUUCAAUUCCUCCCCCUGCCCCAUACGCACAGCAGCCACUAUUUCCUGUGCAGAAUGUGAGGCCACCGCUGCCGUCAACUGCUCCUCCUGCACUCCAAACUCAAAUUACUCCUCCUGGAUUGCCUACAUCUACACCUUCUCUCCCAGUUUCACAACCUUUGUUUCCUGUUGUUGGAAAUAACCAUACAACAGCUCAAAGUUCAACAUUCUCUGUGGCACCUCUGUCUUCAAGUGUUCCAUCGAUAACUCCAGUGUUGUCUACUAAUGUCCCUGUUGAUGCACAUUUGGGUGGCAACUCUUCUCUGACAAGUAGUUAUCAGGCAAUAGGGAUUCCAGGUGGGACAGCAAGUAACUCACAUUCUUAUGCUUCUGGUCCAAACACCGGUGGUCCUUCAAUUGGACCUCCCCCAGUAAUUGCAAAUAAAGCUCCGGCUCCUCAGCCUGCCACUAACGAAGUCUACUUAGUUUGGGAUGAUGAGGCAAUGUCCAUGGAGGAAAGAAGAAUGUCUCUGCCAAAAUAUCAGGUGCAUGAUGAAAGUAGCCAGGUAAGUCAUACUACCUCUGUAAUAGAUGGAGUUGCUUUCACAUCUAACCAGAUGAGUAGGCUUUAUGCUUUCUGUUUUCAGAUUCAGUUGUUUACGCAUUGUUUCCUAUUUAAAGAGGUACAUUCUGUAUAAAUUUCUAAUCCUUUUUAGAAAAGAAAAGAAAUUAAAUGGCCAAGAAAAUAUGAUCCUUUUAAUCCUCCAUUUUGUUUCCAAACUAAAUGGGUAGUGCAUGCUAUCUUAUUUUGAACGGCAACUAUGGCUGCAAGCUAUGCUUCCAAAUUUUGUAAGCAUCUAAAGAUUCAAGUAAAUAUUCUACUAAUUGCUUUUGGUAGUUAAUUAUAAUUACCACAACAUAAUUUGUGAAGCUUGCUGCAAACAACCAACUUCGUGAUACUUCAUCCCGGCAUUUGUACACCGUAAAAGAGUAUGUAUAUAUGAUUUUUGUUGGGUUUGGUUUUGCCAAUGAUAUUCUUUCUCCCCCUGCUUGAUUCCAAAGUUUGGGGUUUUGGGUGGAACAUGAUCUUACCCAACAGAUUUUUGCCCAUUCGUAGCAUCAUUACAAUUUAUUUUAUGGAACAAGUGAAUUCAGACUUGGCCCAGGUCAGCUUCUUUCGCAGAGUUUGGAUCUCUUGCAUAGGACCAGGCUCUAAAAUAUUCGGUUUGUUGUUGUAAUUUGUGGUCUAUGAUUACUCGCUGAUCAUUACUAUCAUGUUUACCUUGCAGAUGAGCUCCAUUGAUGCAGCCAUAGAUAAGAGGAUACUUGAAAGCAGGCUGGCUGGUCGUAUGGCAUUUUAAACCAAUCUCACCCGUAUACACUUGCCAAAUUUCUUCAAUGAUAUGGGCUUAAAACGGCAUUUCAGUAAGCCUCUGCAACGUGUUUUCAACAUUCCUUUAUUCAGUGAUCUAGCAAGUAAACAUUUUCUUCGUGAAAUUCUUUGCCAGAAUGGGCAAUGGGGCCCUGCCGUCAUAUAGAAAUCAAUGGAAGAAGGUUGAAAUGGUUUUCUGAUUAUUUUGUUCUUAGGAGGUUGCGGUACUUUUUUGUUUGUUUCUCUUUUCCUAACUUUUCUCCUUCAGAUGCUUGUAGUCAACCUUUAGGACUUGAUACUUCAGUACCAUUUGGUGUAAUCUACAUGUAUUUUGUUUUUUGGGAAAAAAAUAUUUCUUGAUUAAUAGUGACCUCUUAUUUAUUUUAUUUU